GUUUCAUACAACAGUAAGUAAACAACAAGCCGUCAUAAUUAAUAGUGUAUGAAGAUAAUAUAUUCUAUCAAAACUAACUGGUAUCUUGGGAAUGCAAUACUAUAGCUCGUAGAUGUUGAGUGAAGCUUCAACAGAAGGAAGUUGCUACUUUGAUACCGAGUUCAGGACGUUCCUAUCGUAUUAGUUUGUGCAUACCAGAGAGGUAAAGAGCUACUUGUCAUUUUGUCAGAUAACUUCCAAUCUUCUCUAAAUGAGAGUAUAAUAAAUUUAGACUGUUCAUGAACAACUGUUCGUCAAUCUGAAGCUUUACUCAUCAUGCACCCAGUAUCGAACAGCAAUAUACGCUUAUAACGUGCACAUUAGACGAGGAACAACGACCUAUUUCAGCAAUCCUUUCCAUCAAGAGCUUAUGCCGCCAUUCUAAUUGGAUUUACCUAAUAGCUUGUUUGAUGCCCCCAAAGCCGACUUGACAUGUUGAAAAGUAGCAAUGAGUUCCUCAGCGCUGGCACUCCCCCAAUACAAACCGAUUCUUUGCGGGGAAGAGUGUUAUUGUGCUAUCUGCGGCAUUCCGUUUGGGACUUUCCUUUACAAAACUAGACGCCAAAUUCACAAACAAGAACCGCCUGUUCUCCUCAACGGAGUCGAAAUUGGCUAUGAUUGGAAAAUCCUUGGUGGAUUCUCUAAACUUGCAUGGGUCAAAUUGAUAUAUUUUAUCGGAUAUAUUCCAGACAUAGACGAAACAAUUAUAUCCGGCUCAGCAAGACUCACGGCCCCAGGGGUGAUCGAGCUCUAUCCCGAUGAUAAACGAAAUGAAGACGUACCUUCUGAGUUCGAAUAUGAGUGCUACAAAGUCAGUGACGACAGGGUGACCGUUCACCCGUUUCACUGGUCAUGCUUCGAAAUAUUCGCGCGAGUGCUGCAUCCGAAGGCGGACGAUCCAACUCGUCUUGUAGACGUAUGCGAUCUUGACUCGACUUUCGCCUCUUUGUCGAACUGCCUUACCGGGUUAGAACUUUACACCGGUGCUGAUAGCCGACAAGGAAAGCCCUAGGGAAGCGUAACAGGUGAAGAGUUUUACGUCGCGGAUCCAGCAGGUUCAGCUCAGCUAACGUUUCGGGUGGGAGCGAUUAUGGCGGGCGAGCGGUUCAAAAAACCAAUUUCCAACAUGGACCUUAGCUCCAAAGUGAGACAUGAUCCUUUUAGGAAGCUACCGCAUGUCGCUAUCUGCAACAUCCUUCAUCUACUAACCCCCAAGGGAUUGCUUGAUGUAGUCAGGGCUUCUUGGACAGUUUAUUUCCUUGUUCGUAACAAACAUUGUUUUUGGAAGAGCGCUCUUAAGAAGACUAUGCCCUGGUUCUUCGAGAUACCAGAACUGAUGCGCGUAGGCGCGUUGCGGCGACCAGAGCACUACAGGGGAAUAUACCUGUGGGCGGAAAGAAUUUGGCCACGCAAGAAGCUGACAGGGCCUUUGAUGAAUAUCGCAAACCGCCGGCGGAUUUGGGUAGUAUGCGAAGUAUUAGCCGAUAAUUACAUGGGAUGCUUUAAGCCAAAAACAAGCGAGUAUGAGUAUGAGGACGAUGGCGAGGAGGAAUAAUUGGAAUAACGGAUUGCUGCAUUGUUCGUUUUAGGCAAUAAAAAUGCAUCGAUACGACCAUCACGUGAUGACAAGUAUGACUUCAUAAUCCCGAGUUGCAGUUAUAGGCUAGAGCCACUAAUAACCGAGCUCCUCUUGCAGCAUUGGAG